AUGUUGGUGGACGGCGAUCUUACAGCAUACGACGUUGCCAUCUAUCUGAAGCCAUCUGGCGCUCUCAUUUCGGCACUAGUUGGCGAUCAUGCAGAUGUGCUGACCUUAUAUAGUGGAUUCUCACGGCUGAACGCUUUUGGUCAACAGGGUGAUUGCCUUCCAGUGAAUUCUCCAUGGAAGCCGUUUUGUUAUUGUAAGGCGUUGAAAAAUGAUGAUGUUACUUAUAAUAAUACAACACCUUAA